AUGGAAUACCUGCACAAGCUAGAUAGUGUAACUGAAAUAAAAUCCCUGGAUGAGCCGAUAUCGGUCUUCGUCUAUUUCUUACUCACCUUCCCAUUUUUCGCGAGAUCAGUAGAUCUCGGACCCGCUUGCAAAGAUAUGUGGAAAAACGCCGGAAAUAACUUGAUCGUUCCUACAGAAUUAAAUGUUGAUGCGGUGGCCAACACAAAGCAGUUGUUUAAGGUGCUUCCAGAAAAAGGAGCUGUAAAAGUCAGAUCUGCUGCAUUUCAGCGAUUCCGAGACUUGAAGGUUGAUUACCAAGCUCCAUAUCCUGCUCCCACUCAGCAACAUAUAGAUGCCUUCAUAACUGCACUAACCCAACCAGGCGGACCUAUGCAGGCGGCAUUCGAUUAUUUAAAGAAGAACGGAUUAUUGCCCCAAAGCGUGACAACCUUACAACAGUUUAAAGGUGUUUUGAACGAUUUAUGGUUCCGAAACAGCAAUGGAUUCAAACAUGUAUUUGUUGGCGAUUUAAAAGCCAACUCCAACACUUUCAGUGGAUUUCACAACUGGUACCAGUUCUUGCUUGAACAAGAGAGAAAACAGACGACAGAUAUCGCUUUCAGACAACCCGCACAUCUGCCGCCCUUCGUGGGGAAUAGACUGGUUAGUUAUUUCAUUCAGAGUGGAAAUAUCUACUGA